UCCGUAUGCCACAGGUGGGGCCCUAAAAUGCAAAAAACCAAAAUAAAUAAAAUUAAAGAAAAUAAAAUCUUAGAGUAAAUAAAUGGCAAAUGAUUGAAAACUCCCUCAGUGAUAAAGAGUGAGAUACGAAUGUCUGCCUUUACUAUUUUACUACAGUGUCGUUCUUACUGUUGGUUCUAACCAGUGGGAUAAGGUAAAGAAAAAAUAACAAUGGGAAGGGAAGAAAUGAGAAUGUCUUUAAAAAAUUGACGUGUUUUAAAAAAAUGAUUCUUAAUGACUGUAAACAUUAAAAGUCAUAAAGAAUCUGCAGACUAUCAGGAUUAAUAAAUGAAGGUAACAGUGUCACUGGAUAUAAGAUCAGCAUGUAAAUAAUAACUGUUUCUAUAUAGCAACAAAACCCAGAAAAGUAAACAUUUCAUAUAUGAAUUAUAAUAGUUUCAAAAUAUCAGAUAUCUAGAAACAAAUCUAACAAUAUGUAUAAAGCUUCUGCAGUGAAAAAUAUAAAAUAUUAGUAUAAUGUUAAAAUAGUUGGAAGUUUCAUUAUUGGGACCAUGCCAAUUAUUCCCAACCAAUCUAUAAAUACAAUAAAGUCCCAAAGAAAAUUUUAGCAAAUUUCUUUGCGUAAGUUGAAAAGCUGAAUCUAAAGUUUAUAUGGAAAUACAAAGGGACAAUAAUUACCAAAGCAAGUUUUUUUGGCUGUGCUUGUGGCAUGUGGUAGUUCCCAGGCCAGGGAUCGAAUCUGUGCCUCGGCAGCCACUUGAGUCGCUGCAGUGACAAUGCUGGAUCCUUAACUCACUGCACCACCAGAGAACUCCAACCAAAGCAAUCUUGAAGAAAAAGAACAAAACUUGAGGACUUAACCCAUCAGAUAAUGAAACCUAUUAUGGAGCACAGUAAUUAAGAUCAUAUGGUAUUGCAGAAUAAACAAAGAGAAGAAUGGGGAAAAGUCUUGAAUACACCUACAGUCAUCUGAUUUAUGAAAAAAGAUGACACUUCAGAAACAUAGGGAAUGGAACUUCUUUUCAGUAAUGGUGCAAAGUCAUUCGGAUAUUUAUGUGAAAAAAAUAACUUGACCCUAACCUCAUUCAUAUGAAGAAAUUAAUUUCAGGAGAUUAUAGCUUUAACUGUGAAAAGUAAAGUAAGUGAUUUUUAAAAAACAUUAUACAACAAUAUAUUCAGGACUUUGGUGUAUGCAAGGAUUUGAAGAGAACACAAAAAAAUUCUAACAAUAAGUGAAAAAUAUUGAAAAAUUCCACUAAAUUAAAGAUAAAGAGUUUUAUUCUUCAAAGAUAUCAUGGGAAAGUUAAAAUGCAGGCCAUAGAAAGGGAAAAGAUGUUUGAAGGCAUACUUCUGAAGAAGUGCUUAUACCCAGAAUAUAUAAAGAGCUUGUAAAGAUCAAUAAGAAAAAAAGGCAACUGACAUAACAGGAAAAAUAGUCAUAAAAGACUUAUGCACCUUUAUGCAUAAGGAUCCUAAAAAAUGUGAAAAAUGUGCUCAAUUUAAUUAAUCAUCAGGGAAAUUCUAAUUAAAGUUACAACAUGAUAUCACCACACACUCACCAGAGUGUUUAAAAUUAAAAGACAGUAUCAAAUGUUGACAAGGAUAUGGAGCAACUGGAACUCUCACUCUUUGCUGGUUUCAGUAAAACCACUUUGAAACCUUUUGCAAUAUCUUUUAAAGCUAUAUAAAUGUACACAUCUUGACAUGCAGCAUUCUAACUCUAGGAAUAUACUAAGCAUAAAUGCACACAUAGACAGGAAAAGACAAACAAAAAUGUCCACAGCAGGACUACUCAAAAUAUUCCCCAAAAUUCCAGUGUCCGUCAACUGGAGAAUGGAAAACAAAUGGUGGUGUCCUCAUACAAUAGACUAAUACAAAGCAAUGAGAAUAAAAUAAAUCAGAACAGUAUGUAACAGAUUUUACAAAGGUAUUAAUGUUAAGUCAAAGAAGCCAAACAGGAGCCAUACUCUAUAACUCCAUUUGUAUCAAAGUUAAAAAAAAAAAAACACCUAGGAUAACAGAAGUCAGGACAGUGCUUACCUUUUGGGUGGUGGGUAGACCAGAAAAUGACAAUAGGGGGCUUCUAGGGUUUGGGUAAAAUUUCAGUGUUAACUUAGGUUCUUCUUAUAAGUGUGUUCACUUCCUGAAAACUUAUUGAGUUGUACACUUAUGACUUGUUCCAUUUUCUAGUGUAGGUUAUAUUUAAAGUAAAAAUAAUUUUGUAAAAUUUAAAAUUUUUGUAUGCAUUAUUACUUAUUUCUUUUAUGUAAUUAAAUAAGAAUCCCACAAGAGAAAGUAUCUCUGUGUAACCAAAAGGUAUUUUAUGAGGAAUACUAAUAUAUCAUUUCACUGUGUUCCUAAAAGUAUUCUUUCACUGGAAGGUAACUUAGCAGAUUCUUUAUUUAGAACUUCCAGUAACUAAGAACUGGAGAUACAAUCGGCAGUAAUUCUGUGACUUAAAAAGAUAAAUGAUACACAGCAGAUGUAGCUUGGAAUGAAAUGGCAAAUAAAAGUGUGCGAUUGUAAAUAAGGACGCCUGGUGGCGCUGCAGGCCAGGAGUAUGAAGGAAAGGCUCCGUGAAUGACCAGGACGCCAUUAAGCUGGGAAUCAGAGCUCUGAAUGCUUCCUAAAAGAAGGAAGCAUUUUAGGGAAGAUCUAGGGCAGAGAUCUUCAGAGAGGGCAUCCUUCGUGUGCAAGUCGGUGAGAAAGAUCUAAUUGGAGUUAAUUUUACGAAAUCAUCUGCCAAGUUGAAGAACUGCAUCUUCUUGAACCCGAUCUGAACAAUGGAGACUGUGCUGGUAAAGACGCUACAGAAAAGGCAAGUAUUCUUUCUUGUUAUAUUGUUGCUUUUGUGGGAGGCUGGCUCUGAAGCAAUCAGGUAUUCUAUGCCAGAAGAAAGAGAAAGUGGUUCCUUUGUGGCCAACCUGGCAAAAGACCUGGGGCUCGGGGGGGCACUAGCCACGCGGGGUGCGCGAAUCCAUUACAAAGGAAACAAACAGCUCCUGCAGCUCGAUGUAAAGACCGGGGAUUUGCUUCUAUCUGAAAAAUUAGACCGAGAGGGGCUGUGUGGGGCGACAGAUCCCUGUAUACUGCAUUUCCAGCUGUUACUGGAAAACCCGGUGCAGUUUUUUCAGGCUGAGCUGGAGCUCACAGAUAUAAAUGACCAUUCCCCAGAAUUCCCAGACAGGGAAAUGCUCCUAAAAAUCCCAGAGAGCGUCCAGCCAGGGGCUGUGUUCCCUCUGAAAACAGCUCAGGACCUUGACAUAGGGAACAACACCGUUCAGCGCUACGCAGUCAGCCCCAACUCCCACUUCCAUGUCGUCACUCAUAAUCGCGGAGAUGGCAGAAAGUUCCCAGAGCUGAUGCUGGACAAAGCAGUUGAUCGGGAGGAGCAGCCCGAGCUCAGCUUAAUACUCACGGCGCUGGACGGCGGGGCUCCGCCCAGGUCCGGGACCACGGCAGUCCGCAUUGAAGUCGUGGACAUCAAUGACAACGCCCCUGAGUUUUUACAGUCGCUCUACGAGGUGCAGAUCCCAGAGAACAGCCCCCUAAACACCUUAGUUGCUGCGGUCUCUGCCCGAGAUUUAGAUGCAGGAACAUAUGGGAAUGUAGCCUACGCUCUCUUCCAAGGGGAUGAAGUGACUCAACCAUUUGUAAUUGACGAACUAACUGGAGAGAUUCGUCUGCAGAGAGCACUGGAUUUUGAGGAAACUCAAAAGUAUAACAUGGAAAUUACAGCCACAGACGGCGGGGGCCUUUCAGGAAAAUGCACUGUAGCUAUAGAGGUGGAGGAUGUGAACGACAACGCCCCCGAACUGACCAUGUCCACGCUGGCCAGCUCUACCCCCGAAAACUCCCCGGAGACGGUGGUGGCCGUUUUCAGUGUUUCUGACCCAGACUCCGGAGACAACGGUAGAAUGGUUUGCUCCAUCCAGGAUGAUCUCCCCUUUCUCUUGAAACCCACGUUCAAAAACUUCUACACCCUAGUAACAGAGAGGCCGCUGGACCGAGAGGAAAGAGCCGAGUACAACAUCACCAUCACCGUCGGCGACCUGGGGACCCCCCGGCGGCACACCCAGCACAACCUGACCGUGCGCGUGGCCGACGUCAACGACAACGCGCCCGCCUUCAGCCAGCCCGCCUACACCCUGCGGGUCCGCGAGAACAACAGCCCCGCCCUGCACAUCGGCACCGUCCGCGCCACCGACGCCGACGCGGGCGCCAACGCCCAGCUCACCUACUCGCUGCUGCCGCCCUCCGACCCGCACCUGCCCCUCGCCUCGCUCGUGGCCAUCAACCCCGACACCGGCCAGCUCUUCGCCCUGCGCGCCCUCGACUACGCCCUGCGCGCCUUCGACUUCCAGGUGCGCGCCGCCGACCGCGGCGCGCCCGCGCUCAGCAGCCAGGCGCGGGUGCGCGUGCUCGUGGCCGACGCCAACGACCACGCGCCCGUCGUGCUCUACCCGCCGCCCAACGCCUCGGCGCCCUGCACCGAGCUGCUGCCCCGGGCGGCCGAGCCGGGCUACCUGCUCGCCAAGGUGGUGGCGGUGGACGGCGACGCGGGCCAGAACGCCUGGCUGUCCUACCGGCUGCUGCAGGCCACCGAGCCCGGGCUCUUCGGCGUGGGCGCGCACAGCGGCGAGGUGCGCACGGCCCGGCCGCUGAGCGAGCGCGACGCGCCCCGGCAGCGGCUGCUGCUGCUGGUGCGGGACCACGGCGAGCCGCCGCUCUCGGCCAGCGUCCCGCUGCACGUGCUGCUGGUGGACGGCUUCUCGCAGCCCUACCUGCCGCCGCCCGAGGCCCCCGGCCGGGCGCCGGGCGCCGGCGCCGGCGCGGACGAGCCGCUCACCGUCGCCCUGGUGGGGGCGCUGGCGUGCGUGUCGGCGCUGCUGGUGGGGGCGCUGCUGGCCUUGGCGGCGGGGCGGCUGUGCCGGCGGGGCGGGGCGGCCUCGGCGGGGGGCUGCGCGGGGCCCGCGGAGGGCGGCGUCCCGGGCCAGCUGCUGGACGUGGGCGGCACGGGCACCCUGGCCCACGGCUACCGCUACGAGGUGUGUCUGACAGAAGGGUCUGGAUUAAAAGAGUUUAAAUUCCUUAAGCCGAUUCUCCCCAACCUUCCGCCCCAAGGCGCAUUUGAAGAUAUGGAGGGAAAUGCCACCUUCCGGAAUAGCUUUGGAUUUAAUUAGGGGUCUGAUCACAAUGCAAUCUCUUUUGUCAUUUAUCCCUAAUUUCCCCCCCCGAUACAGCAUUUGAGAGCGUCAUGGAGAAAAAUCCCACCUUCAGGUAUGACCUUGAUUUCCCGUCUGUAAUGAAUUUGUCCAUUGAACUUUUACCUCGUUUAGUUUUGGAAAACUUAAUUCUACUGUCAUUGCAUUUACUUACAGACUGCCAUUCAAAACUCUCGCUUGCUUUGAUUUUCCCGAAAUUUUUGCUCCUCCUGUUGGUAUUGUUUCAUUGAACUCUCUUAAUAAAAUAAAAUAGUAAUUUGA